ACUUCGCAACCAUUACGUUCUACCCGACAAAGUGGUCUACACUGGAGUGUUCGCGCUCAUCGUCUCCACUUUGCUGAAUGGCCUGGGAAUUGUGUUUACCGUGUCUUCAAUGCAUGGUACGCACCUGAAUUCGACCACUCACCUACAGCAUGGCUGACGUGGAUGAUGCUACCUAGCGAUCGCCAGCACAAGCUCAUCUGGCGCACGGCCAUCAAGACUACCCAUGAACCCUCACCAGGCGGCUCUGGAAGUUGUCGACUCAGACCGGUAUGGCAUGCACGACGACAACGACUGGGCAUCCGUGAUACCGCACGGUCACGGGUUCGUCCGCAUUGCCACCGGAGACAAGGAACCCACCGACGACGACUACUACGCGGUGUCGAUGUAUCACCAGAUGCAUUGUCUCAAUAGCUUCCGCCGCAUGUUCAAUGGGCGAAACGAUUCGCGCGCAGACCACGACGGUGCACAUGCACUCCAUUGUCUCACGUACUUGCGGCAGAUGGUGCUGUGCAGUGCCGAUAUCACGCUGGAACCUGCAUUCGCGACGCAGAACGUGGAUGGUAGGAAAACGCAGGCGGCUUACGGCACUGGGGUCACACACGUUUGUCGAGAUUGGGUGCAGGUGAGGGAUUGGGUAGAGAACAGUUACUUGGACUGGAAGGAGGAUGAAAAGAAAUACGUAGCCACAGAGGCCAGCGCCGUGAAUAGUUGAGCCGCGUAGUACUAGUACAUAGACGCGCGCCUAAGGCUUCUUGACUUCGUAACCUCUUGUAGCGAAUAUCGUACUGGUC